AUGAAUGAAGGUGCACUCGUCAUUCGUGGAGAGAAAGUUCCGUCGCGAAAUGUAGGCGGUGUUGGUUUUGUUGUGCACCCACUUGUCGUCCAUCUUGUCGAUUCUCAAGAGAUCCUGUCAACUCGUCUGGCCAUUCUUUGCCUCCUUCCUCUGCGCCAAAAACCCAUCAGUAUCAUCAACUGCUACUCACCAACAUCAGCAGAUGAAUCCGAAUUGAACGCGUUUUACGAGGGGUUGCAGGAAGUGAUCCGCAAGGAGAAGUCUUCUCGACAUGCGUUGGAAAUAGUUACGGAGUCCAGUUUCUCGACGGAGAGGUUUUACUCUAACCUUUUCCGUUCAUUAACUCCUGUGUCAAGCUCUCACUGGGCUUCGAUGUGCAGUUUACACGAGAACCCAAAUCUCGCAAAAUGUGAAAACUGA